AUGGCGAGACCCACGAACUCAAAUAGCGAGUCUGAGUCCAGAACAAGAGCGACAACUUCCGGCGGUGCUGUUGGGAACACCACUGGCGGUGCUCGGUCGAACACAAAGCAGCGGCUCACAGCUGCGCAACAACAGUACCUCAAAGACCUAGUGAAGACUCAUGUCACAAACAACCAUCCGGAUCUCACACCCAAGCCCACUCCAAUUGACUUUGAGUCGUAUCCGGACCAGUUCUUGCGACAGUACAAGGAGCGGUUCAAGCUGAAGAUUGAGGACAAUAUGACAAUCCAGGGAUAUCUACUAGGCUCGCAACUGGGGGCCAAGACGUGCUCUUAUAAGAAAAAUGCACAGUCGCACGAUAGAAGAGUUCACAAGAAAGAGCUCGCCACAGAAGUGAAGAAGCACUUCACCUCCUACGGCAUCAAGGAAGCAGAAUGCAUACCGCAGUUCAUAUACAAAGUGAAAAAUCAGAAGAAAAAGUUUCGAAUGGAAUUUCGAGGAUAG